CAAGCAAAGGAAAUACAAUAAAAAAAAAGGGUAAUUAAACAAUGUUUAACUCUCACUAAUUUUCUUCAAACACAGUAAAUAAAUGUGAACAAUGGCAUGUUAAACCACGCCUAAGACAUUAAGAUUAGUUUAAUUAAUACCCUGAAAGAAAUAAUCAAUACGACCCUACAGAAAUAAUGAUCUGAUACAGAAUUCCUUGAAAUGUGCCUGAAAUCCUGCUACAUGAUUGUACGGAGAGCGUAUUUGGCUUUAAUCUGCUUCUAUAUAAGCCCUUUUGAGACUUGAGAGGAAUAUGGUAUAGAGGUAAAUUGCUAAGAACAGAGCAAAAAUGUCCACAAUGCUUUUAGUUUUGCUGCUGAUUUCCACCCUCCAUCUCCAUGCCAAUCUUAUCUUGGCAUCAGAUCCUGACCCUGUUCAAGAUUUCUGCAUUCCAAACCCUGAGUUUGGUUCUGUGAAGACUGCUCGUCUCAGCAUCCUCCCAUGCAAGAAUUCCUCCACCGCAACCACAGAUGAUUUCGUCUUCUCUGGCUUGAAAUCUGCCGGAAACUUCAGUGAUAUAGGCCUUGCCACCAUCCCCGUGAAUCCAACAGUUUUUCCAGGGCUUAACACAUUAGGCAUGUCAUUUGUACGUGCUGACCUUAAGGUUGGUGGGAUUAAUCCACCUCAUUUUCAUCCUAGAGCAACAGAGAUUGCAUAUGUAGUGCAAGGACGGGUUUAUGCAGGCUUUGUUGAUUCCAGUAAUCGGGUUUUUGCUAGGGUGAUCGAGCAAGGUGAGGUCAUGGUAUUCCCCCGGGGGCUGGUGCAUUUCCAAAUGAAUGUUGGAAGAGAACCUGCUACAAUUUUUGGAAGUCUGAACAGCCAGAAUCCAGGAAAUCAGAAGAUCCCCUCUGCUGUUUUCGGGUCUGGCAUCAAAGAAGAGCUUUUACAGAAGGCUUUUGGCCUCAGUCCGAAGCAGAUUGGGACAAUGAGGAGAAGAUUCGAUCCCAAAAUAUGAUGGAUUCUGAGUUGUUAAAUCCUCUGACUAUCAUCCCAAAAAUGUUUUAUGGGGUUCUGGCUACUGGCUUUCUGUAGUAAAAUGAAGUCAAAUCUGUAUGCUGCUUGCUCUAAAUUGUCUGCAUUUCUAUGUCCCCUAUUGUUCCACUUAAAAUUCCAGUCUCUAUUUAUCUACAGAGGAUGAAUUCUAAACUAAUUACAUUGCCUGGUUGAUGAGAAAACAAAAGAAUGGAACAACAGUUCACAAUCACAAGGGUUGGCUCAACUAGUAAUAAGAUUGGACACCUCACCUGCUUGGGCUUACAUUCGACUUUGCUGCCAGUAGGCCUUCAUGGAAAGGUUAUUUAAACACACUGUAACUCCACACUGUAACUCCCCACUGAAGUUGGUGGCAUAUCAUGGCCUUCGACUGGGGUAACCUCCCUUGCCCUAAUUUUUAUAGGAAAAAAAUAUAUAUAAAAAGAAUGA